AUGUGUUAUCCUCGCAACACGCAGAUCAGUAUCAGCAGAAACCUGUUCCAAUACGGGAACAUACUUUUCCUGUGCCUGUGCUGUGGUAUUCCUGGCCCUGUCAAUCCUGUCGAUAGAUGGCAUUAUGCAACUACCGUAGAAAUUGCUCAUCGUCAUGCGUCAAAUGUGGCUUUGAAACGCGACGUGAUCAGACGCGAUGGUCUCCCCCAAACAAGAUACUACUGUUUUAUGUCACGAAGAGCCUUAGAACUUACUGAGUGA